UCACCAAAAUUUUAGGAUUUAGUAGUAAUUGGGAUACGGCAGAGACACCUUCUUCGAGACACGGCUCACAAGUGCAACAAAGGCCUGGUGUUUAAGCUCGGCCGAACAGAGACAGUUUUUAGAAAGAGAGUCAACUGCAACCACAAGUCUCAAAAACAAAACCCCUAAACCUCUGCUUCUGAUUUCUGCUCCUCACAGUCGCCCCGGGGUUUUCUUGGUAUUAUUUUAAAGAUGAAGAAGAUGAUAGCACUAGGCUUUGAGGGUUCAGCCAACAAAAUUGCCGUUGGGGUUGUAACUUUAGAUGGCACCAUUCUAUCAAACCCACGACACACCUACAUUACCCCUCCUGGCCAAGGAUUCCUUCCCCGAGAAACUGCUCAGCACCAUCUCCAACACAUUCUUCCAUUAAUCAAAUCUGCUUUGAAGACUGCCCAAAUAACCCCAGAUGAAAUAGAUUGCCUCUGUUACACCAAGGGUCCUGGCAUGGGAGCACCACUACAAGUUUCUGCUAUUGUUGUACGGAUUCUUUCACAGCUGUGGAAGAAGCCCGUUGUUGCGGUUAAUCACUGUGUGGCACAUAUUGAGAUGGGGAGGAUUGUGACUGGGGCAGAUGAUCCUGUUGUAUUGUAUGUUAGUGGUGGGAAUACACAGGUAGUAGCAUAUAGCGAAGGGCGUUACAGGAUCUUUGGGGAAACCAUUGAUAUUGCUGUAGGAAAUUGCUUGGAUCGAUUUGCUAGGGUGUUGGCACUCUCCAAUGAUCCAAGCCCUGGAUAUAACAUUGAGCAGCUUGCAAAGAAAGGGGAACAAUUCAUUGACCUUCCCUAUGUUGUCAAAGGGAUGGAUGUAUCUUUCAGUGGAAUAUUGAGCUAUAUUGAAGCCACUGCUGUGGAGAAGCUAAAAAAUAAUGAGUGCACCCCUGCAGACUUGUGUUACUCCUUGCAGGAGACUGUAUAUGCAAUGCUUGUGGAGAUUACAGAACGGGCAAUGGCACACUGUGACACGAAAGAUGUUCUUAUUGUUGGUGGUGUUGGUUGCAAUGAGCGCUUGCAGGAGAUGAUGAGAACAAUGUGCUCAGAGCGUGGUGGAAGGUUGUUUGCUACUGAUGACAGGUAUUGCAUUGAUAAUGGAGCAAUGAUUGCAUAUACUGGUCUUCUUGCUUAUGCUCAUGGUACGGUAACUCCAAUGGAGGAAUCAACCAUCACCCAGCGGUUCCGGACUGAUGAAGUACAUGCAAUCUGGAGAGAGAAAAAGGAGCCUUCUAACAUGAAUGGUCUCAUUCAGGAAAGCAGCUAAAUCUAGAAGAUUUCAAGGUUUUGACUAUUUAUGAUGGCUUGGGAGAACAAAUCUCAUUGUGUGCCAGACUUGAAGGACCUCAGAUGGCAUAGUAUAUUGUACCAUCAGGUUCAUCAAUUAAAUAUGAAAUUAAUUUGUCAAAAAACUUAUUUUUAUUUCAACAAUGACACUUAUUUACACAAUCUCCCUCUCUGUGUGUCCUACCCCCCCCCCCCCCCC